GCCGGAUAUCCGGUGGGAAGGGAAGGGGGUGAAGAAGCGGAGUGGGAAGAAGAAGGUCUGGGGGGGCUGGCAAAGACGGGACCAUCAUGAUUCGCUUCAUCCUCAUCCAGAACCGGGCCGGCAAGACGCGCCUGGCCAAGUGGUACAUGCAGUUCGAUGACGACGAGAAGCAGAAGCUCAUCGAGGAGGUGCACGCCGUGGUCACGGUGCGAGACGCGAAGCACACCAACUUCGUGGAGUUCCGGAAUUUUAAAAUCAUCUACCGCCGCUACGCGGGGCUGUACUUCUGCAUCUGCGUGGAUGUGAACGACAACAACCUGGCCUACCUGGAGGCCAUCCACAACUUUGUGGAGGUUUUGAAUGAAUAUUUCCACAACGUCUGUGAACUGGACCUGGUCUUCAACUUCUACAAGGUUUACACCGUGGUGGACGAGAUGUUCCUAGCCGGCGAGAUCCGUGAGACAAGCCAAACGAAAGUCCUGAAACAGCUGCUUAUGCUGCAGUCCUUGGAAUGAGAGAACUGGAUCCAAUCGGCCCCAUCCCCUACCCUGCCCCGGGACUCCUUGCACCCAGUCCCUGAAUCAGUGACUGUCUCAGAGCAAAUUUAGCCACUCUCCAUUGGGGUGAAGGGAUGCCCCCUCAAAUGGAUCAGAACCACAAGUUGAAAAUUUCAGUCCCACCUCCCCCAUGCUCGAAUGCAGCAGCUGAGAUCCCAGGUGGGUGGGUCUAAUGGGAGAGAGCGACUGUAUUUAAAAAAAAAAAACAA